CUCCAACCGGACUGGGCUUUUUUGUUUCAGUCCGGCUGGAGAAGAAAAGCUUCUGGAGCGUCCACACAUUCGUCCUCCUGUGAUCCUGUCUCUGUCGCUCCAAGAAACUCGUCGCCGCCGGCUGCAUCCCCGCCGCCCUAAACCAGCCCAAGAUCUGACCCCUGCCCAGGCCCUUCCAUGGAGGAGGCGGAGAAAGGGGAGCUCUUGGAGAGGGACACCAAGCCUUGGCUGGACAGCCAUCCGGGGCCAACGGCCGGCCUACCCCUGCUCACCGACGACCUCGUCCUGGAGAUCCUCUCCCGCCUCCCCGUGAGAUCCCUCCACCGCUUCAAGUGCGUCUCCGUGUCCUGGCGCGACCUCAUCGCCGACCCCGCCAACCGCAAGAAGCUGCCACAGACCCUCGCUGGCUUCCUCUACUUUACCACCGACGACAGCGGGCAUCGCCACCACUUCGCCAGCGUCUCUGGCGCCGCAGCCCCGCUUGACCCUUGCCUGCAGCCUAACAAGUACAAGUACAUGGCCCAGCUGGGCUCCUGCAAUGGCCUCCUUCUAUACCGCGGCAGCAACAAGAGGAUGGCGAAUUGGGCAGGCGGUGCUUCCCGUUUUGUGGUGUGCAAUCCUGCCACUCGGAGGUGGGUGGAGCUGCCCCCUCAACCGCAGGUGCCGGCGAACAAAUAUUGCCAUAUCGCAGGUCUGACUUUCGAUCCAGCGGUCUCAUCCAGAUUUCACGUUCUUAGUUUUGAGGAGACAUAUGUGGAAAAUCACAUGACAGCAGUGACCAUCUACUCGUCGCACACAGGAGCCUGGAGUUUCAGGAGUGGUAGUAGGAUGGUUGAGAAAGUGGUGCCGCUCAAUAGUAAAUGUGUCUUCGUCGGCGGUAUGAUGUAUUUGAUUGGCAACCUGAUGGACUUCAACAACAUAUACGUGCUGAUGGUGGUGGACAUGGAGGGGAAAGUGUGGAAGACUAUCCCUGUGCCGUACGGCCGAGGAUCUGCCACGAUUGGAGUGUCGCAGGGGUGCUUGCACUAUGUUGUAGCUUCAACGGUUCCAGUCAAUGAUAGUAAUGAAAUCCUAGGUUCUGGGAUAACACUUUGGUGCCUCAAGGAUCGUGACAGCAAAGAAUUGGUUCUAAAGCGUUCUGCCAACAUCAAUGAGAUUAUGGGCAUGAUUGGGGAGAAGUACAGGGUGGCUGCGAUUCAUCCAGAUUGCGACACCGUUUUCUUGAUGUCAUCUGGAGGUGAUACCUUGGUAGCGUAUGAUAUGCAACAUCAGAAAGUUCAUUGCAUCCUUAAUCUUGAGAAAGGCAUUACAAAACCGAAACGGUUUCUACCCUAUGUUCCUCUGUUCUCAGAGUCAUUACCAGAUGCAGAUGGGCAGUAGCUUUACCUUCAAACCACCCCUAUGGUUCCUCCCAAGAACCGUCUCUUCUUUCGGCUGAACAAUUUGUCUGUGUACUUUGGAAUCUGCUUCAAUCAUGAUGCUCAAUUUGCUACUGCUUACACUCCUGCUGGCUUGGUUUCCAGUUCGGAGCAAUGCCUGGCAAACUACAGAUGAAGCACAAUGUCAUUUGCAGAGAACAUUGUUACUCUUUUUCUGUGUUGCCUAGCACUGGUUAUUGUUCGGGGCAUGUGUUAGUUCCAUGUGGCUAAAUUCUACUGUAAUUUCUCUUCCUUUCCAUAACAAUCAGUUUAUUAUGGUUAUCCUAAAUCCUAUUGCAGAUUGUGAACCUCAGUGUUGUGAAAGGGUCAAUCAGACUGGUUACUGUUGCAAAUGUCUAGUUGACAUUAUUCAUUCAGUAUUUUCAUAAAA